GCAUGCCGUUCCAUUGUGAUGACAAGUUCUCAGAGCAAACAGUUGCUGAACAACCAGGACAGUAUUUUACUCUUUGUUUUCCCUUUUUUUUAAUUCUUUCCCGAAAAAGGACAAAAGAUUUGUGGGAUUAAUUUGCCUGACUUGUUUUAUUUAUGUACUGAAUCGCACUCAAUUGUUUUUUUUCUUUGGCCACCACAGUUAGUGGUCUGCAGUAGCGAAGAUGAAGCCAAAUUUUCACAAACGAAACAAGGAGCAACAGCAGAGAUCAAGAUCACGGCCACAUGGCCUCAGCUUGGAGGCGUUCACAAAUGCAAAGCAAAGCGGGGCCUUGACAGUGAAGGAAAUACGAAAGAAACGGGAGUUUUAUCAGAACGCGAAGAAAGUUCAAAACUACCGUAAGCUCCUCAAGCGCCUUGGAGAAGAUGACGAUUCAGCGGCGAAGCACAGGGCAUCGCUCGUUGAGCCGGACUUUGUGCAAACAGAGCACAGAGAUGAAGGUGUGGGUAUCAGGAAUAUCAAUCGGCAAUCUACCGAUAAUGGCAACAUCAAUGUUUUCCGGCAGCGGAAACGUUCUGGUCCCUCUGGUCCUGACAUUGGUGACGGCAAGCACGGCGACACAGUGAAAGCGGACACUAUCGGGAAGGCGAAGAAAGGAAAACCAGCUUGCACUGCAGAUGUCAGGAGAAGCGACCCAGAGCGCGGCAACGACUUGGCGGAGCCGAUGAAUGGAGGCAGGUAUGGUUUUGGGGAGAAGCAGAGGAGGGGGGCUCAGAACGAGCGAAGCCUUGCAAGAGAAGCCCAGUCUAAUCCUCCGCAGAUGAGUGAAGAAGCUCGGCGGCAAACGUUGGACACGGCAUAUGGGUCCACUUCGGACGAGGACAGUGAUGGCGACACGUGCGACGGAGAUGUGGAUACGUCGGGCCCCCAACAGAAAAACAAGGGUAAGAAGCGUGAGGGUAUGAGCCGCAUGGCUAGAGAAAUAAAGAAGCUUGAGGAGAGGAAGGCAGAAGAGGAAGCGGCGAGAAGGGCGCAAGCUGCUGCAGCUGAAGAGAGGAGGAAAAUCCGGGAAGAAAGAGCGUCUCAGAGGAGGGAGAUGACACUGAAAAUGCGCAAGAAGACGAGGAGAGGACAGCCUAUUAUGAAACACCUGAGAGGAGGAGAGCAGGAAGGUGGAGGUGGCCGAGCAUUAGGGGGAGGAAGAGCAGCAAUCACCUCUGCAGCAGCAGCAGGAAGAGGAGGUAGUUGGGGGGCGACAAGCACAGCGGCAACUGAAGAAGAAAUCAGGAGGAGAAAGAGGAGGAAGAGCAGGAAAAGGAGAGAGAAGGAAGACGAGAAAAAGGAGGAGGAAGAGGAAGAGGAGAGAACAAGGAAGAGGAGGAUGAAGCAGAGGAUCAGGAGGAGGAAUAGCAGCAGUCAGCUCUUCGGCAGCAACAGAAGAAGAAAACAGGAGGAGGAGGAAGAGGAGGGAGAGGAGGAAGUGGAGGGAGAGGAGGAAGAGGAGGGAGAGGAGGAAGAGGAGGAGGAGGAGGAGAGGAAGAGAAGCAAGAGGAGGAGGAGGAGGAGGAGGAGGACGUGGAGGGUAAGGAGGAAGAGGAGGGAGAGGAAGAAGAGGAGGAGGAAGAGAAGCAAGAGGAGGAGGAGGAGGAGGAUGAGGAGGAGGAGGAGGAGGAGGAGGAGCUUAAAUCAUAUGAUCAUCUCCUCAAGUGGUUUAAUGAUGUUGUACUGAAAAGUACUAAGUGCACAGUAAUGAAUUGAUACUUCUGUU